CCGGGUUUAUUCCAUCCCCAGCGUGACUUGUUCUCCGCUUUUGCUACGUCUUAUAGAAGUUGGUGGUGGUGCAUAGCCUCGCUGUAUACUGCUGAAUCUCAUAUUGUCUUGGAUAUGGCUGGAGCAGUGCGCCAACCUAUUGAUGUUCCCUCCCUGGAACGCUAUCUCAAUCUCAAUGUACCCGAUAUCAAGACCCCCUUGGAUGUGAAGCAGUUUGGCUUUGGUCAAUCCAAUCCUACGUAUCAACUCACCACCGCCGACGGUAGCAAAUAUGUCCUCCGCAAGAAACCCCCGGGCAAGCUACUCUCCAAGACUGCGCACAAAGUCGAGCGCGAGUACAAGAUCAUCCAUGCCCUAGGAAACACCGACGUGCCCGUCCCCAAAGCCUACUGUCUCUGCGAGGAUAGUAGCGUAAUCGGAACCCCCUUCUACAUCAUGGAAUUCCUAGAUGGACGACACUUUACUGAUCCUGCCAUGCCCGGGGUCGACCCGGCAGAGAGAACAGCAUUAUGGCAGGAUGCGGUCCGGACAUUAGCCAAGUUCCACCGGGUAGUCCCCCAAAAGGUCGGGUUGGAUAGGUUCGGAAAACCGACGGGGUACUAUGAUCGACAGAUCGCCACCUUCACAGCAGUUGCACAGGCGCAGGCACAAGCCGUGGAUGUGGAGACCAAGGAACCUGUCGGAGAGUUGCCUCAUUUCAUGGACAUGGUGCGUUUCUUUGACGACAAGACGACGCAGCCGCAAGACCGCGGCACGCUCGUGCACGGUGACUAUAAGAUCGAUAAUAUGAUAUUCCACAAAUCCGAGCCGCGAGUCAUCGGCCUCUUGGAUUGGGAAAUGGCCACAGUGGGGCACCCUCUGUCCGACUUCUGCAACCUCACUAGUCCCUUUUUCCUGGACGGGGUGGACCACAAGAAGGAAAUGUUCGUCCCGAAGGUAGUGCCUGGCUUGCCCGCUCGAGAGGACUGUAUCCGUUGGUAUCGUGAGGUGUCGGGGUAUGACCCCACUGGGGAUAUCCCAUGGGGUGAUGCUUUCUUCUCCUGGAGAAGCUCUGUGAUUAUGCAUGGUAUCAAGGCCCGGUAUGCCCUGAGGCAGGCCAGUAGUGCCCGCGCUGCGGAAUAUGCUAGAAAUACGGAGCCUUUUGCGCUCGAGGCUUGGGAACGUGUGAAGAGAGUGCGAGCCCAGCUGGGUCAAAAGGCCAGGCUGUAACUAGUUUUCUUUUCGUCAAGCCGGACA